AGAGGCGAGGCGGCGAUGACGCGCGCGCGCGCUGCCGCCCUUCUACGUCUGUUUCCUACAGUCGCUCCCCGCUUGUCUACCGCCAGUUUGAAAAUUAAACAGCCCCAGCGCUUCCCAUUGGGCCCUCUUUGCGAUCACGUGAUUUUGCUUCUACCACUCAGACCGUUUCGCGCGCCUUUUCGAAUUGGAGUUUUCAUCGACAGUCCCUGUAUCCUUCCUCCUCACUCGCCCAGGAGGGAGGGAAAUAAAAUAGUCCUGCAAAGAUGUCUGUCCCGGCGGGCGGAAUCUCUGCAGCUCCAGAAGGGUGAUUUCUGUCAGCAGGUAAGACUUCCAGUUUCAAAGAUGCCGCUCUUUGGGAAAAUUGUUGUUAUUAAAAGGAAUGGGACCGAUGGAAUCCAUUUUCCACUCACUGCAAGUUCUUGUUUAUUUGGAAGGAAAACGGAGUGCGAUAUCCGCAUACAGCUGCCUCAAGUCUCAAAAGAACAUUGUAAAAUUGAAGUCAAUGAGAACAAGGAGGCAAUCUUGAUUAAUUUAAGUACUGUAAAUCCAACGCAAUUGAAUGGUAACAGUUUUCAGCAACCUGCACAUCUGAAGCAUGGAGAUGUGUUCACUAUUGUUGAUCGUUCUUUCAGGUUUGAAUAUCCUCCUCAAUCAACUCCAAGAAAGAGACUUUCUAGAACUCCAAAAAAUGAAACCCUACAGGUUCUUCAUGUUCAGCAGGUGGCAGAAGUGGAAUUACAGAGCCCAACAUCUAAAAGUCCUCAUACGUCUGAUAAAAACAUAGAAUGUGAAGGCCAAAAUUUUGGUGAAAAUGACAAGCAAAGCACUGAGGAAGAUAUUUCCAGAGUUGUACCAGCCAAACAACAUGCAACACCUAAAUCAACAUACAGAACAGCUAAAUCUAACAGAAGAGAAAAUGAGAUGUCUCCUUUUAGCAAACUUUAUGAAUUGUUGAAAAAUGAGAUUGAUGUGAAAACACAGAAAGAUGGCAACGAAGAGAUACCUAUGCCACGACAAGCAGAGACUAAUGCCCAGCAAAUUUCAUUAUUGGUAUUUCCAUCUGGUCAAGAGACCCAAACUAAGGAAAAAGAGACAAUAAUUGGUGAAGAUAUUGAACAGUCUAAAGUUAAAGAACAAGAAAUAAACAAUGUGGAACUUAAUCAGAUUUCUACUGAAGGAAAUAGUUCUAAGAAGACCAAUGAAUUAAGUUCUGCAAAUUCAGGUGAACCACGGACUGGACAAGAUUCAUCAUUAGGAGUUAAAGCAACAGAAAUUUCAAAUGAAAUUCAAAAGAAAGAUGUAGUGUGCAGUAGUGUUGGUGGGAAUGAAUCAUGCAUUUUUGGAAAAAGUAAUAAAUAUUCAAAGCAAAGGAGAAAUAGUAAACAGCUUACACCAAGAAAAUCCUUAAAUGCAGAAGAAGUGCUAAAAGAAAUUCAUUAUGAGACUUCCUCAGUUAGCGUAACUAAGGAGAGAGAUUCUGAAACUUUUGCAUUUUCUCCUGGGUAUAGUAAUUCCAAAAGCCCCAAAGGGAGUGUUAGACAAAGUAAAAAAAAUUCAAAUAAAAGUCCAUUAUCAGAGUUAUUAACUCCAGAAAGGUUAACACCGAAAGAUGAAUCUUCUGCUAGCCGUAAACAUCACUCUGGAGCGCGAAGGGGAAGACGAAUGAGCUCUGGAAAGAUGGCUGAAGAAACAUUGGAGAGAGAUCCAUCUCAAGAACAUUACAAGAAUGUAGAUAUUAAAGGUAGUGAUGUUAAAGAAAAGCUGACCACAGAGAACUACCAACAGAAAUUAGAGGUGGAAGAUGCUAAUAUUGUCCUGGGACCUCACAGGUUGUCAUCAAAAAGAAGGUGCUCUGAAAGUGUUGUACUUCUGAGAGAUGAUGAAGUUGCAUCAGAAAUAAAUAUUUCUAGCCUACCUACUGAAGACAAAAAGUCAGGUGAGACAAAGAGGUUACCUCAAAAGCGGAAAAGUAGAGAGAUUGAGUUGCUACAUCAGCCUCUUGGGAAAAGAAAGAGAGUGUCCUUUGGUGGUCAUCUCAGUCCUGAACUUUUUGAUAAAAGUCUACCACCCAAUUCACCACUUAGAAGAGGUGCAAUUCCAGCAAGGUUAAGCUUACCAUUUGGAAAUUCACCUCGUGCGGUUCUGAAGAAGGGACAGGGAUUCAAACGUCUUGUAAUCAAGGAUCUUUCAGAGCAUUUGCAGAGACAAAAAUCAUCACAAAAAAACUUGCCUGCCAGGAGGUCCCCGGCUGCCUCGUCGCCUGCCAGGAGGUCCCCGGCUGCCUCGUCGCCUGCCAGGAGGUCCCCGGCUGCCUCGUCGCCUGCCAGGAGGUCCCCGGCUGCCUCGUCGCCUGCCAGGAGGUCCCCGGCUGCCUCGCCGCCUGCCAGGAGGUCCCUGGCUGCCUCGCCGCCUGCCCUUGAAAAAAUGUCACCUAAGCUCACUGCAAACUCCCCAUCAAAUACACCAUUCACAAAAGGACGUUUCUCUAUUUCUCACAUUAGCACACCAUCUCCUACUUCAAAGGAGCAGGGUACUGCUGCAACAGAAGUUAAGGAAAGUGAUGGAGAUUUUACUGGAGUCAAGACACCUGAAUCUUUUCAUAUUAACCAGGAACAUCAGAUUUCUGUGCCAACUACACCUAAACAAUUAAUAAGGCGUAGUAUAAGAUUUUCUGUGAAGAGAACUCCCAUGAAGAGGAGGAGUGAUGCUGUGGAAACAAUUCAUUCUAAAAGAAGAAGUGGUGCUUCUAAAGCCAAUUUGCUAGUUGCAAAAUCUUGGGCAGAAGUGGUGAAGUUGGGUGUUGCAAGACCACAAGUAAAGGCUGUUAAAAAAUGUGUUCUCAAAGGAAAAUCAGCCAAGAAGUUAACAAAAUCACCAAAGACUCCAGCAAGAAAAGUAAAGGGUCAUUUUAGUACAGGUCAUGCAGAUUCUCCAGCUACAAUAGUGAUAGGAAGAGCUCAUACCACCAGAGUGAAGCUGGUUGGACAGGCCCCUAGAGUGGUCAAGAAUUGUGCUUUGAAACAAAACAUGGAUAUAAAUGAAAGUUUCACAGGAAUGACUGAGAUGUUUAGAACUCCAGUAAAUGAAAAUCAAAAAAGUCCAUCUUUAUCUGCUGCUCACAAGACUGAUCUUACACCAUCAUAUGCUGAAGUAGAAGGCUCUGAGGUACACACUCCAGAGGAGUCUGGAGAGAUGGUAAUAUCACCAUUAAGUAUCUCAGGCAUGUCACAACAGAGAAAAGAUAGUCAAGAAGUUGUAUCUCGCUUCCUGAGAGUGGAGAAGUCUCCAAAUUCUGCUUUUGUGGCAGUUAAGUUAAAGCAGACUCCUAAAAAAGAGAGAACUGUACUGGAAGAGAAGGUGGAAAUGAGUAAUCCAUUAGUAAUGCCAGAAAAGCAUAUAACUGAGAUGACAGUGGGAGCUAAAAGGCUUGCAAAGACUCCAAAGCAAAAGAUGGAACCCGUCGAGGCUCUGUCGGGCGUCAAAAGGCUCUUGAGGACUCCAAAGCAAAAGAUGGAACCCGUCGAGGCUCUGUCGGGCGUCAAAAGGCUCUUGAGGACUCCAAAGCAAAAGACCGAACCCAUCGAGGCUCUGUCGGGUGUCAAAAGGCUCUUGAGGACUCCAAAGCAAAAGACGGAACCCAUCGAGGCUCUCUCAGGCAUCAAAAGGCUCUUGAGGACUCCAAAGCAAAAGACCAAACCUGUCGAGGUUCUUUCGGGCAUCAAAAGGCUCUUGAGGACUCCGGAGCAGAAGACAGAACUUCUUACAGAUGAAAUUGCCUUAAAAAGAUUACUAAAGACUCCAGCACAAAAAAAGCAAGUAGUAAAUGAUCUGGUGGGAGUCUCUUUUAUGAAGACAACACGAAAGCAGAAAUGUCAGUCAGUAGAAGACAUGAUAGGGAUCAGCCAUAUGAAAACGUCUAAGCAGAGAAUCCAAUCAGAAGAUACGGUAGGAAUUAAAAGGCUAUUGAAGACAUCACAUGAAAGAGUUGAACCAGUAGAAGACCUGUUUGGUAUCAGCAGACUACUGAGGACACCAAGGGAAAAAUAUCUACCAGUUGAUGACUUCGUGGGAUUGCAAAAACUUAUGGCUGAGCCUAAACAAAAAUAUUCAAGUUCUGAACUGGAUUAUGCUGGUGUUAAAGAAAUUUUUGAUACACCAAAGGAAAUUAAGGUCAAAGUUACAGAUCUCAUGCAAGAAAAUAAUUCUCUUCAUAUUGAUCCUAAAAGUGAACGUGAAUCCAGAGGAAAUUAUGAAAGAGAACUGAAGCAAGAGAAAAAAAUGGAAGAUUCACUUGAAAAAACAUCACUCCCAUUUGUGAGAUCAAGGAAUGGAAACAUUAAAAAUGAACAAGAAUUGCAAGAAAGCCUUGAACAUGCAUGUAUUUCACCUAAGGAGUCAGAAAGUGUGAAAAAUAUAGAAAAUAUUGAAAAAGAAAAAAUGAGUAAUGGCUCUCAGACACAGAGCCAUAAUCUCUCAAAUUCAGUAAUCUCUCUUUUACUUACCGAAAUGGAUCCAGUUCAAGAACCAGCUAUGCAACUGCAAAGAGAAUUAAACCAAUAUUUGAAAGAUAGUGAUGAUAAAGAAUUGCUUUUUGAAAAUCCUGUUGCCCCACAAUUAAAUCUUAUCCAGGAAUCUAUCGAUUUGUCCAGUAAAGACAAAAAAUCUACAAGGGCAAAACAGCAGAAAAUAGAAAUAAAAGAGAACCCCUCUUCACUAAGAGAAUGUGAAGAAAAUCUAAAGGAGAACGUAAAUUUACUAGGAUUACCAGUUCUGAUGAAAGAGAGGAUUGAAGACCAGAAGGAAGAGGCUGUUGCUUUCACUUCCGUAGUUAAAAAUCUAGGAAGAAAAGAGAGAACAAAUCAGUGUAUGCAAGAAGAAAUUAUUUCAAAAAUUCAUGUUCACAAACAACUUGACAAAAAUAAGGAAGCUGUUUCCUCAGUAGAAAUAAAUGGAACUUUUCAUAGCUCCAGAAGAGGUAAAAGGAGUCUUGAGUCUCAUGAUAAAGAUUCUUUAAUGCUACAAAGAGAAACUACAAGUAUGAAACAGAAUUUGCAGACUGUGCAUCAAUCUGUCACAAACCAUAUUUUAAUAAUGGAAAAUGAUCAAAGUCUGAAGACAGCAAAUGUAUCUAGUAGCAGUAAAAAUGUAAGAGGGCACCCUCUGCAAAUAGGGCUUAUAGCACCUGAAGAUAAGUCUGAUCAAGAUAGUGUAAAAAAUAAUGAAAAGGUGGCUCUGUCAGUUAGGAAGAGGUCUAGAGGGGAGAAAAAAUUAGAAAUGCUAGAAUCAUUAGUUCCAGCUAAAAGAACCAGAAGAAGGAAAACUGAAGAUAACAAACAGGGAUUUACAGAGGAACAUGAUGCAAAAGAAAAACCCCAAAGACAGACAACAAGGAACGCUUGUAGAGCAGAAACAGCAAAGUGUAUACAAACAGAUGAACAGGAUUUUGCCCACAGUAUCAUUGAGGCUGCUGCAGUAGAAGAAUCUGAAAUCAAUAAACCAACCCUUGAAAUUAUGGUAACAGAGAUGAAAGGAAGAAAAUCUUUGAGAGUAAAAUCUAGAAAGCAAUUAGAGGAAACAGAGAAAGUAAGUACAGAGAUGGGACCUGAAAGUGUAAGACCUGUCCAGGAAACCAAGGGAACAUCAAAAGAAACUGUAGUUAAAACACACAAAGCUAUAAAAAAUGAGACAAAAGCGGUUCAGGGAACUAAGGAAGCAGAAACAGGUCAAAGCUUAAAGUUAAAGAAGUCACAUUUUGAAAACACAAAUGAAGCACCACUUGAUGUUUAUAGCUUGCAAGCAAACAGGAAUUCAAUAAAAAAAACUAAUCAAAGACAUGGAAAUAAGAGAGGUCAAAAAGGUAUAUUGGACAUUAAGGAAGGUGAAUUUGCCAAAAAUGAAAAAAUGAUACCACAAAAUAUACCAGAAACUGAACCAGAGACAAUUUCUACAAAAGACUCUCUAGGAUCUCUACAGACAGUGCAAAAUUCCAAAACCAAGGAAGCCCAAAACAAUCCAACUGCUGCAAUGGUAUAUGGUCCUAAAGAUGUUGAGAGAACUGUUCUUAGACAUGGAAAGAGGAUAAGGAAAGGUGAUGGCAAACAGGAAGCAUCUGAAACCAAACAAAUUGAGAUUUUAGAAAAUAAUCCUACAGAAGCAAAUGAAAAUACAUCAAGAAGAGACAGAGAGAAAAAAGUUCAUUUUGAACUUGAGGAAGCCAAUUCUGCUUCUCUCAGAGGAAAACACAUUUUACCUGAAGGUAAUGAUAAAGACCAAAAUGAGACUUCAGAAAACAUUCCUUCCCAAGCAAAUGAAAAUCUCUCAAGAAGGGGCAGAAGGAAAGAGGUUGAUCUCACACCACAUGCAGUUAGUUCCACUUCUCUUAGAGAAAAAUACAGCUUGCCAGAAAGUGAUGCCAAAAAAGAGGCUCCUAAAAAAGACCAAGAUGCAGCUUUGGAAUCUACUGCUUCCCCUACAAAAGAGAAUACAUCCAGAAGGGGCAGAAGGAAACAGGUUGAUCAUAAAGCGCUGGCAGCUAAUUCCACUUCUUUUGGAGGAAAAUGCAGCUUGCCAGGAGAUAGCAGUAAAGAAGAGAUGUCAGAAGAUCAAAAUGUGCCUUUGGAAGCUAUUGUUUCUCCUACAAAAGAGAAGCUAUCAAGAAGGGGCAGAAGGAACCAAGUUUCUCUCACAUCUCAGGCAGCUAGUUGCACUUCUCUCAGAGGAAAAAGUAGCUUGACAGAAAACGAUGAUAAAGAUGCGAUUCCUAAAGAAGACCAAAACGUGCCUUUAGGAAGUACUACCUCCCAAGCAAAAGCUAAUCCACCAAGAAAAGGCAGAAGGAAACAGGUUGAUCUCACGACACAGGCAACUAGAUCCACUUCUCUCCAAGGAAAAAGCAGCUUGCCAGAAAAUGAUGGUAAAGAGAAGACUCCUAAAGAAGACCAAAAUGUGCCUUUGGAAAAUAUUACUUCCCAGGCAUCAAAAAGGGGCAGAAGGAAACAGGUUGAUCUCACGACACAGGCAGCUAGUUCCACUUCUCUCCGAGGCAAAAGCAGCUUGCCAGAAAAUGAUGGUAAAGAGAAGGUUCCUAAAGAAGACCCAAAUGUGACUUUGGGAAAUACUACCGAAGCAAAAGCUAAUCCACCAAGAAAGGGCAGAAGGAAACAGGCUGAUCUCACGACACCGGCAACUAGAUCCACUUCUCUCCGAGGAAAAAGCAGCUUGCCAGAAAAUGAUAAUAAAGAGAAGACUCCUAAAGAAAACCAAAAUGUGCCUUUGGAAAAUAUUACCUCCCAGGCAUCAAAAAGGGGCAGAAGGAAACAGGUUGAUCUCAUGACACAGGCAGCUAGUUCCACUUCUCUCAGAGGAAAAAGCAGCUUGCCAGAAAAUGAUGGUAAAGAGAAGGUUCCUAAAGAAGACCAAAAUGUGCCUUUGGGAAAUACUACCGAGGCAAAAGCUAAUCCACCAAGAAAGGGCAGAAGGAAACAGGUUGAUCUCAUGACACAGGCAGCUAGUUCCACUUCUCUCCGAGGAAAAAGCAGCUUGCCAGAAAAUGAUAAUAAAGAAAAGACUCCUAAAGAAGACCAAAAUGUGCCUUUGGAAAAUAUUACUUCCCAGGCAUCAAAAAGGGGCAGAAGGAAACAGGUUGAUCUCACAUCUCAAGCAACUAAUUCCACUUCUCUCAGGGGAAAACGUCACUUGCCAGAGGAUGAAAAGGCAGCCAAAAAAUUAAAAUCAGAGUGUGUUGAAAGUAUAACUCUGCAGAAAGAAACAAGAAACAAAACUAAAGGAGAACUUGGCAAAGGUGGUAUUAGCAUGAUUCAGAGUGCUGGAGGAACAGAAAGGAAAACAAGAGCAAGUGCAAGAACAAGAAAAUAACCUCUUUAAUAGUUGUAGAGCCAGUUUUGAAUAUUUUUCAGUAUUUGAUUUUGCAGUUUUUUUACGUAAAUGGAUGAGCACUUAGAUUUGAUAGAGUUGUAAAGCAUUCAGUGAAUUUAGGUAUAAUGGAGAUAUGUUUAUCUGUUUAUAUAAGUAGAAGAGAUACCUCUUUUAAUGGCAUAAUUCAGGCAAAUAUAUUUGCUUUCCAAACUGUUGUGAGCUUGUGCAAAAUUACAGCAACCAAAAAAAUUUCUGUGCCAACAUUGAUGCCUCCUUUCAUUGAUGAUCAUUUCAGAGGUCUGGAAGUUGUAUUACUUUGCUGAAUCUGCCCAUAUGUAAUUGUAUGUUAUUAUCUAGUUAGCUUAAUUUUGGGAUACUGAAGUUUUAUUUUUUCAUGAAAGUUCUGUAAAUAUCCUUUUUAAAAAGUCUACAGGUUUUUAUUGGCAAAACUAUUAUGUGGGAAUUCUGAUUUAACAGCUUAAAUUGACUACUGCAAAAAAAUGCGAAUAGAUUUUUAUAAGAGUUAAUAAAUUUUGUAAAUGUUAA